AAAAUAAAAAUUAUCAAGAAAAAUGUUAUCAAUUACGUCAUUAAAAUAUGCACGUUGCACGUGCCCGACCUUUAUUGCACUCCGCAUAGUAAUUAGAUGUUACAUAGUUAUCAAACUGUGCGUUGGGUUCGUCUUAUCUGCCAAAAUAUUCUAUGCGCUUAUUUAUUAUAUUAGCGCAUAUCUGCCGAUUAGAAAAAAAAAAAACAAGAAAGAAAGAAAGAAAAAAAGCGAAUUGAGUCACUGUUAUGAAACACUUCUAAUACAUACAUUCGCGGAUUAUUGUGUACAAAGUGUGUUAAUGCUGUGUAUAUAUUAUUAUAAUAGUGUGUACUUAGAACGUAUUUGUUAGUUUGUUAUAAUGUUAUUUCAACGGCAACUUGAAAUGGUGAAUUAACUAAGAAACUCAAUUGAACUCAUAAACUAAUCGUACUCGCGGCGGUGGCGCCGCAUCGCCAGCACCGCCACCAUCGCCGCCGCAGCCGCCAAUCGCCACCAAUAUAAUUAUAUUAUAUUCGACGUCGUCGUGACCUCCGUCCGCAGAACGGGUUGAGAGCGGGCACGCGGGACGUGACUGGAUCGACCUUGAGCCGGGAAAACGGAAAAGUGGGACAGAUAGAAAAAUAACCGGCCCGACCGCCGCGCCGACGAUCUAAUUAUUAUUAUUAUUAUCAUCAUCAUCGUCAUCAUCGUCAUCACAAUCGUCAUCGUCAUCGUUGCUCCGUGACGGCGGCGGUGGCCGAGAGGUGUCUGUCGCGGCCCCGUACCCCGCCGCCGGAGGGCGGGAACGCUCUGCGCGCGGGCCAAUGAGCGUGCGCCGUCCCACCCACCGACCGGCGGCACCCGGCGCGGCGCCGAGUCGGUGAUCGCGAGCGCGCGACGAACCUGAGGCCACCGUCGGCAUUGCAGAAACUGCACCGGUCGCACCCUGACGCCGCGCGUCUCACACACCGAACACGUCGCGUGCGUCGUACGACAUUAUCGUUAUUCGUAUAAGUUUUACGUACCGUCUUUUAACACAUAUAGAAAAUAAUAUUAUAAUAUUUUGUACGAAGUCGUUCGGAUCCAUCGCGUAUAAUAUACCUAUUACCGCGGCGAUCGUGUAGACUUAAUAUUAUUCGGUUCGAUCGUCUCCGUCGUAGCGUCUGCGAUGUGAAUAAUUAUUAGGUAUACCUACAUAUUAAUAUCGUCGUCUUCGUCGUUGUUAUAAGUUAUAACUCACUACACACACGAAUAAUACAUCGGUGCUCGCGAUGCGGUAUUUUCCUCGUGGUUUUUAAUAUACGACGACAGAGUGAUUUUACGUCGACCGCCAAUAUUAUAUUUUAUCGUUUUCGAUCUAUUCGUGUUUUCCCGCACACGCGUCGAAAUGGAAGCUGACGAUCCACGUCUGGCCGACGAAUACGUCAACGAGUUCGUGCUCGACCACCUGGACGUGUCGUCGGUGAAGCGCGAGAUCCAGUCGUCCGACUAUCACCACCAUCACCAUCAACAGUCGCAUCAAGAGCACGCGGGCGGACACCACCAUCACCACAACGGUCAGCACCAUCAACAGCAGCAGCAGCAGCAGCAGCCGCAACACCCGCCGACCUGUAACGGAGGACCUCGGGGGACCGCCGGCGUCAACGCCCGUCUGCCGCCGAUGCCCAUCACGGGUGCCAACAACGGGUCCACGGCCACGGCCGCUGCGGCAGCCACCGCGACGCUGGUGCAGUCGCCGCCGCCGCCGCACUUCCUGCUCACGCCGCCCGGUUGCGAGCAGGAAUAUCCGCACCACCACCCGCUCAUCAGACAGCAGCACGCCAUCAACCAGGUGAUCGACGGCGGUGUGAACGGCCCGCGCGCCGGUAUGGUGGUGCAGAGCCACGCGAUGCCCGCGGCCGCGGUGGCCGCCAGCGCCGUGCUGAUAACCGGAGGCGAGGCCGCGGUCAAGGUGUCCAGAGCCGACGCCGCGACCGUCGGUUCCAUGAUGUAUCCGAGCACGCCGGGCACGCCGCCCGACACGCCGCCGGUGAGCUCUUCGCCGCCGCCGUCCACGCCGGUCCAACCGCCGGUGUUCAUGCAAGAGAUGAUAUGGUUGACGCAGUCGCUGCGCCAGGGACAGGAACCGCUGGACUUGCGACCGAACUACGCGGGUUCCGACGAAAUGCAGCAGCAGCAGCAUCAUCAGCACCCGCAGCAGCAGCAGCACCCGCACCACCAUCAUCAUCACCACCACCACCAUCAGCAGCAGCAGCAGCAACACCAACAGCAACAACAGGAUCAACGAGAGGACGAAGAACAACAGCAACAACAACGGCAACCGAAUUUGACGGAGUGGAACAUGGUGCAACACCAACACUCGACCGUGAUACAGCCGAGCAACGGCAAUAACAACAGUUCGGCGAUCAACGGCGGCAACAAGCAGGUACCGUCGUUCGAUCGGCAAACCCUUCAGACGCUGUUGUGCCCGCGCCGGUACGACCGCGGAGAAGACGACUACUGCGUCGGCGAGUUCGAACCGCAAUUCUCGAUGAGCCCGCGACCCAACCGGAUGCUCCCGUUCCAGAACCAUCACCGGCCGCUGAGCGUGUCCAGUGGCAGCGUCCUGUCACCCGCCAGUUCCCGGGGCGGCGGCGGCGGGAGCAGCGCGUACACCCGCGGCGGUGGCUCGUCCGCGGACGACCUGAUCAACGACGCGCUGCUGCUGCAGCUUCCGGUGCGCGACCUCAACAAGCGGCUGCAGGGCAUCUCCAAGGAGGAAGUGGCCCGGCUCAAGCAGAAGCGGCGGACGCUCAAGAACCGCGGUUACGCGCAGAGCUGCCGGACCAAGCGGAUGAACCAGCGCAUCGAGCUGGAGAACGCCAACGAGAUACUGGCCACCGAACUGCACAAGAUAAAGUCGGAGCUGUCGCGGGUCGCACAGGAACGCGACAUGUAUAAGCAGCGGUUCUCCGCGCUGGCCGCGGCCAGGGAAUCGAUGAGCGCCGCGGCCGCAGCAGCCGCGGCCUCGGCCGCCGCCGCGGUCACGUCCUCGGCUUCGUCCACCUCGUCAGCGGCCGCUGUUCAGCGCGUCGACAGUAGCUCCAAUUCGCCGGAGCUCUACCUGUGACAGACGAGGAGGUCGUACGCGUCUGCGCUUUGGAUAUCCAAGUGUCUACCAACGUCCGCCAACAAUAAUUACGGUUCACGAGCAUCGCGAACUUGAAAUCGUAUACACAGAUUAACUUCAAUAACAAAAGGAUAAGACUAAUAAAGUAAUUUGUUUUGUUUUGUUUUUUCAGUAGUUAUAUAUUUAUAUUUUAAUAGUGCCUAUGCGGUUUUUUUUUUUUUUUUUUUUUAUUUUGUUAUUGUACAGUAAUUAUAUUUCUGUUUUCCUUUUUAACGCCAAAGAAUAACUUUUCCCGAUAAGUAUGACAUAAACGUAUACAAUAAUAUUAUACAUUAUGAAAUCGGCGUACGCUUAAUAAUAAUAAUUAUAAUAAUAUACCAACUCAUGUACACACGUUAUGUAAUUACACUUUAUGUUUAAAAAAUUUAUGUAGGUAGGUAACUUAAUCGUACCUAUCCAGAAAGAAUUAUUGACUUUUCUCGUACACACCGAGGAGCGUACAAUAUUAUAAUAUUGUUCUAUUUUUACCAUUAAAACAGUAUAAAAAUGUAUGAUAGGUAUAAAACCUAUAGGUGUUCGAAUUUCACGAGAAUAGUAAGAUGUUUGUACAUAACUAAUAUUUAAUAUUUUGAAAAUUUUAUAGUUACCCAGAAAACCGAAAUUGUUACAUAAAUAACUAUAUACUACCGGUGUUCGUGUUAUACACGUAGACAUAAUAUGUAUCAUUUUUUUCAUUACGGCGUCAAUUUAAUAUUACCACGAUUUAACAAAAACAGCCAUUCCACCGUUCCGCGGUCACAUAAACCACACCCACUCAUCGCUCGUGUACGUAUUAUUCUAAACGUUUCCGAACAUCCGAAACUAACAUCGUAAUGUUUUUUUCUUCCGAUCAUCCAUAAUUAUUAUUAAAUAGAUAAGAGUGGUAUACGAACUACGACAAAAAUAUUUUUCACUCCAAACCCCAUCGGAGUUGGCGCGUUUCCAAACAUUAUUUCUUUUACGGCCUAUUGACCGUUUCGAGUAUAGUCACUUUUCGACAAUAUUAUAAUGCUACGUUAUAGUAGGUACCUAUCAACAGUAUCAACUACUACACUACUCUUAAACGCACCGGUCGAGAUUUUCCCGUAUAUAUUACGCGUAAAUUAUGUAUAUAAUCGACGUAUGACGUGCUCUUCUGGUAUACGCAACGCAUAUAAAAUAAUAAUAACGACAUUUUUUUUCCACUCGUUCCCAUUUAAAACUCACAAUUAUUGUACGCUUCACUAAAUUAUUGACAAAUUAAAUUUUCAUACGCGAUUUCGCCAAGUUAAAUGCAUUUCCUCCACAAGAUGGGCAUAAAGUAUGAUGUAUCUACAUUAUUAUUUAGACGAUUAUGUACUAAAAUGUCUAAAUACCAAAACCGAACACCAGUUUGUGUACAGAUGUUUUUUCCAUGUAUAUAACUUGUUUUUUAUUAUUAUGAUUAUUAUUAAUACGCCGUUAUUAAAGUAAUAUUUAAAAGAUUUAAACGAAAUAAUUGUAAGACGCGACUUAAACUGGGCGCAGAAACGUACAAAGUGCUGUUUCACAUACAUAUAAAUAUAUAUAUACCUAUGUGUAUUGGCCAACGCCACAGUAAUGUACACGCACAAACAUCUGUUAAGUAAAUAGUGCUAAAAUGUUUAUUUUAUUAUUAUUAUAUUAUUAUUAUUAUUAUUAUUAUUACUAUUAUUUAUAUACAUAUAAAUAAAAGACAAUUAGAAACGUUGAAAAUUUGAUUUAAAAAUAUAUUUUACCGUCCCUUUUAAUAUUAAUAUAUUAUGUACAUUGAUCUAGAAGAAGUUUAAAUCUCUAAUAGGGUACUGAUAUUAUUUAUAAUAUUUAUUUGAUCCGAAUCGUACAAUCUGCGUAUCGCACACUUUAACCACUGAACCAUCCUUAUGUUAAUUUAACUUCUACCUAAUUAUCCGGGAAUAAAACCUUGGGUGAAAUUUUCUAAUAAUAUGAUAUACAACCCUACACUUUAAUGCCUAAUUUUGACUGUUUACGAAGUUAUAAUUAUUUACAUAGUUAUUUUCAAUGUUUCAAUGGCUCGGAUAGUUUGCGUGAAUGAUAUUUGUCAGACAUUUGGCUCAUGCAAUUAUCUGUAUACAGAGAAUAUGUUAGCUAAUACGUAAUAAAAAAAAAAAAUUAAAAAAUAUUUGUUUUCGAGGAUGCAGGAUAAAUAAUUUUUGCAUUAGGUAACAAUCGAAUAAAAUCACAUCUCAUGACUUCGUGUUAGAUAAAUUUAAGAGGCUUACGGGUGUCGCUGACUAUAUAAUUGUCAGCUAACAGUUUUUGGCUCAGUAAAAUAUGUUAAAAUAUAAUAUCACGUUUAUAUACCCAUCGUCAUUCAUCAGUGAAAAGUUUCUAAUUCGUCUUCUAUUUCUAUGUUUCAACAACGGGCUUUGAAUUCCAAAAAAUGUUUGUAUAAUUUCUCUCAGCCUUUUUUUUUUUAUUUAGAAUUAGGUAAUAAUUAAUGUUUUUUUUUAUUAUAAUUAUUAUUAUUAUUAUAAAUGAGAUUUGUUUAUUUCGUUUUAUUUUAUUUUAUUAUUAUUAUUUUUUUUUUUCGUUUAUACGUAAUUGUUGUAUAGUUGUUAAAUAUUGUUUUACACGAUUGUAUUACCUACAUAAACUUUUGUAGGUUUGUCGUUUGCAAUUGACGGUAAUAAUAUUAUUAUUGAUAUGUGAAUUAUGCUGAUAAGUUGAUGUUAAUAAAGUAUGAAAAAAUGGGCUACACGA